AUGUCUAGUGCUCUCACUCUUUCCGCUGAGGCCGUCUCCGAUACCGGUAUGCUCGAGACCCACACAACAACAGACCAUUGGAAGUCACUCAUCGCUCCGAAGGUAUUGAGUAACUUCAUCUUGGACUACGACGUCACCAUGUUCACCGUGCUCUCCGACAAAGACAUCCAGCGAAUACUUCGAGAACUCUCACCCAGCGCACUCAACGACCUAACCCAAAUCCUCUCCAAAGCCCUCACAAACUACUCCACACAAAAUGAAGGCGAAUACCAACCACAUCGCGCAGCUGUCACCCGGCCAAACGGCCAAGUCAGCCUCUUUAUGCCUGCAACAACGGAGAACCUCGUCGGCGUAAAGAUCGUCGGCGUCGCUCCAUCCCCAGAUCCCUCAACUCUCCCACCGGGCACAAAACCCCAAGCAGGCUUGAAAAGCGCCCUGACCCUGUGCGACGAGCUAGGCCAAGCCAUUGGAAUCUUGAAUGCCGCAGAGCUAACAGCGUUCCGCACGGCGUUGGGUUCGAUGCUGCUUUACAAGGAUAGAAAGAAUACGGGGAAUAUUGUUGUGUUCGGGGCGGGGAAGCAGGCGCUGUGGCACCUACGCCUUGCAGUCCUCCUUCGAGCCGAAGACAUCAGGCACAUUACCAUCGUCAAUCGGUCAAGCCAACGGUCGCAAGAAUUAAUCGAAAUACUCAAAAGCGACGCUGGGUGGCCUUCACCUAUCACCUUGCAAGCACUCGAACAACAUGAAGUGAAAGAGUUGGAGUCUCAGGUUUCAGUAUCUGAUGUCAUCUUCUGCACAACACCUAGCAAAUCGCCUCUGUUUCCCGCAGCCUGGCUCACUUCGGAAAUGGCACGCAAAAAGGCAAGAUACAUUGCUGCCAUAGGCUCAUACCGACUAGACAUGGCGGAGAUUGAUCCGGAUCUUUUGAAAAAGGUGGCUGAUCCGUCAGGUGAAUUUUCAUCUCAGGUCUGGCAGGGCUCAAUCACAGUGGAUAGCCGUGAGGGCUGUCUGCAAGAGGCCGGAGAGCUCGUCAGCUCAGGUGUGCCCAUCGACAAGUGGCUGGAAGUCGGUGCGAUCAAAGAAAGUUCUUCGUCCGAAAAGGAGGACUGGCUGAAGAAUGGUUUUGUGAUUUACAAGAGCGUUGGCAUUGGCAUCAUGGACCUGGCAAUCGGAAGGGCAUUGCUCGACCUCGCUCAAGCGAAGAAUAUAGGCUUGACAGCUGAUGAUUUCUAA